AUGAUAAAAAUAGAAAACCUGGAAAAAGUUUAUAAAACUGAAGAAAUUGAGACUACCGCUUUAAAUGGGAUAAACCUUCAUGUUAAAGAAGGGGAGUUUGUCUCUAUUAUGGGGCCUUCAGGCUGCGGAAAAUCUACCCUGCUAAAUGUAAUGGGCCUGUUGGAUAAACCAGAAAGUGGCAGUUAUAAGUUCAUUGAUACUGAAUUAUUGAAAUUAAACGAUAAGGAGCGCUCCAACUUCAGGAAACGUAAUAUGGGAUUUGUGUUCCAGAAUUUCAAUUUGAUCGAUGAGCUGACUGUUUUUGAAAACAUUGAGCUUCCCCUGAUCUAUAAUAAGGUACCUGCUACAGAGCGUAAACGGCUGGUCAAUGAGAUUAUCGAAAGGAUGAACAUCGUGAAUAGAAGUGGACACUUUCCUCAGCAGCUUUCAGGUGGACAACAGCAACGUGUGGCGGUUGCCAGAGCAUUGGUGACGAAGCCAAAACUGGUAUUGGCGGAUGAGCCUACAGGAAACCUGGACAGUUCCCAUGGUAAUGAAGUGAUGGAGCUGCUUUGUGAAUUGAAUGAAACAGGGACGACGAUUGUGAUGGUGACCCACUCUUCUCAUGAUGCCAGUUUUUCUAACCGGAUCAUCAACUUAAAAGAUGGGCACGUGAUCUCUGAAAAGAUCAAUAAAAACCGUACAGAAGAACUUAUAUAA